UUUGGGGCAUCGAUGCGAAGGAGCAGUAGUAACUCUCGAAUUGUCACAUGUUGUUUGUGUUCGAGAACAAGAGUGAUUGAAAUGUAGGCGGAUAAUGGAGAUCAUUAAACACAAACGUUCGGACGUGGCGAGUCCCCACAAGUAACCAUGGUCAGGCUUUGAGAUGGUGAUGCGAGAUCAUAACUCAGAAAGGUGUAAAACUACAGCUGGCAAACUGUCCAUUUGCUAGAGCCCGUCUGUUGGGAAACGAGACAAUGGGCCUAAGGUUACGAGACAGUGGGGUCAGCAGUGACAAUGGCUCAAAUUAUAUACAGAAAUUUGAUGUUGGUGAAGGAAAGACAACAAUAAUGGCUGUGUCGACCAGUGGAAAGAACUUUAUGAUUGAUAACAGUGGCAAAAUCGAUGAAAAGGGAAGGAUUGAUGAUGUAGAUGAAACAAGCUCAGGGUAUAGUUCUCGAGAGAGUCAUUGUGGGGAAAACCAGGAAAGGAUACAUCGAGCUAAGGUACAGAAAUCUCCGAAAAUGGUGCUUGUUUUGAACGACAAAGGGAGAACCGUCCAUGAAAAUGAAUCUGUCGACAAAGUUGAACGAAUCAUGGAGAACCUUUCUAGAGCUUCCAACCCUGUUCCUGGUUUUCAACUAAAUGAUACUACCGACUUGGAUUUUAAACAAUUAAACGAACAAUUACACCGAUUCUCUUCAGUUGCUUCACAAACUGACAAUGAUGUCACGGAACAUGUUCCGCUCCCUAAUAAAAUCUGCUCUUGCUUAGGAGAUUCUAAUGCAUUCCCAGCUGACCCAACUGUAUGCAGACAACCGCGGAUCGACCUGGAAAAUGAUACUGUCGAGGAAAUUCCUUCAGACAAAACUAAUCAGAGAACCGAGAAUAAACUGCUACCUGGUGGGAUAAGUAAAAUUACAAAAAAGAAAACCCAGAAAGAAACAGAAACACAGACUGAUAAGCUCGAUUAUAAUCUUUUAGAAGAAUGCAAAAAUCUUCGAAUGUAUAAUUUGGAGCUUGAGGAAAAGCUUAGCAAAUUCAAUGACGCGUUUGAUGUCGUUGUUAAUCAACUGGAAAGAGAAUUGUUAAACGCUGUUACAGAAAUAUCGCACUUGAAAAAGCAGGUACGUGCAGUUGGCAAGCUCAAAUUGAGAUCUGGUCCAUGCGCAAGAUGCGGGUAUAGCUCGGACGGUGACAUUGUCGAAGUUCAGUCUGUGUCAAAUUCAUUUAAAAAAUCGUUGGGGUACUCUGAUAUGAAAAAAGCUUCUAGCAUGGACAACUUGCAAAAGUGCUCAAAGCAACCAACUCCACGGAUCUCAGCGAAAACUGAUUUGUUGAAGUCACUUUUAAAAGGACAAACCCCGGAUAAAAUAAAGCUGUCGUUGCUUGAGAAGAAUAAGUCAUUGAAAGAUGAAAUACACAACUUAAAAACAACGGAGCAAGUUUCGCACAGAAGAUUAAGCCCUCCGCCAGUAAAUCAAGUGAAUACUCAAGCAGAGCAGGAUGAUUCAAAAUGCAACGGUUACAAAAAUGCAAUAGACCAAAGAACUUCAACUGAGCCUGACCCAUCAAUAAAAACUAAAGAAAAGUCGGUGCAAGAGGACGUGCGAUGGAGACCACAAAUGAAAAUCAUACGAAGACCAAAAAAUGCCCCUGCAGUCCACCCACAAUACACCUCGGCGGCUUUUCGAACAAUACACGUGACUCGAUGGGGACAAAAAAGUUGAAAUUGACCUGAACCAUGAACCUACUUAAAAUCAUACAUACAGUCCAACCUUGAAAAUGAUUCAAGGAGUACAGACUGCAAAAUGGCAUCGAACCCACCAGGUCCACUGUUAAACGCAAUCUGUCUCGUUGUGGAUUGGUUAACGAGAACAAUAGCUGGAACAAUAGCCUAAACACGAUUCCAGCGCUCCGCCAUAAUUUUUACAAUGCGAUAAAUUAAAGUAGGACCGGAAACAAUAAAAAAUCCCUUUGUUCUUAUAAUCAAUCAACGUCGUGACAGAUUGCCUUUAACGGAAUGCAGACUAGAACUAGCUUUGGAAUGGAUGUAGCAGGCUCUUAGUGUAGUUAGCUUCCCCUAUUGCCUUCCAGUUUGUAGAUGAAAUUGAUUGACGAUCUUGCCUUGUAUAUUGUGUUUUUCGUGGCUCUGUUGGUUCAUCAGACCUUUUAAGCGCUCUAACAGGUUUAAGCCUGAGAUUUCUAAUCAAGAUAGCUUUUUAGUUCUGCAAUUUUUGUAGCAUUGUUCCGUUUUAGACUUCUUAAGGUGCUUUUAAAAGUCACAUAUUUGCUACAUCGUAGUAAUUUGAAAAUACCUUGGAUAGUUAUUGUAGCUGUUUGAUAGUUUCCACUUUCACAAUUUUUACUUUCUUUAAUGAUUAUCAGGCUAGACUUAAAUUUACGACAAAUUUCAUGCCAGCCUAGUUCGUUGUUUAUGGCGACGCAUCUAGAGAUCAAAGCUAGUAAAGAUGACAAGCUAUUUUUUAUCCGCAUCCGUACCCAUGUCCCUUGAAUUGGUGUAAUGGAGAGGGAAGGGGGUGGGAGAAGGGGAAUUUUAGAGGAUAAUCUUCGUUGCCCAAAGUAUUUCUCUCGCGUAAAAGUAAUGAAGCAGGGUCUUCUUCGAUUACUUGUCAAUUUUUUAUCGCGGGCAAGGGGGGCUGUAUCGUGUUUUCAAGGGGGAAACCAUUGGAUCAUUUUGUUUAUGUUCAUUUUCUAUUUUUACGUUUUUAGUGUAGAUUUCUGUCGCUCUUGGAUGUUUCUGCAUCCAUAUCUAGGAAUCGUUCUGCUACCGGAGCUUAAAAACCCUUUUAUCAUGCUUCUUAUGGCAUUUUUUCUUAAUUAUUUUUCAGUGUUUCGCAGUUUUUUUCAUUUUCAGUGUUCUCAUAUCAUUUUUAUAAAUGAGCAUCUUUUCUAUUUUCGAUUAAUGAGCGUAAUUUCUAAACCUGAAAAUUGUGUACAUUUAUUUUAAUGUCGUUACCAAGAUGUGAUAGCUAAGAGAUGCAGCAGUCUGCAUUAAAUUCAAAAUAA